UACGUCUUCUAGGUUGUCCCUCUGCCUUGGGAUUCAGUCCGAGGCCCUUGAUAGCGCGGGGUUCCAUAUCAACUUCCCCCACUUCAACAUUUCCAGGGUGUCUCAUCGCGGUCCUGCCUCGCCCAAAGACCGCUUAGGUACCAACAGACCGACACCAAGCGCUAUUUCUAACGGCGAUUUCUCGAUUAUUUAGCGGUGCAGACAUCGACGAACCCCUCUAAGUCGCAUCGCUUGGGCCCAACUAAGCCUUUUGGCUCGUUACCGACAUAUCGUCCAUCCCUUCCCGCCCGCUGUGAGCCAGCGCCCAUUUGACCGGAUACUCAAUAUGGCGAGCUCCGAAGACAUCGAUUCCUUCAUAGCCAUAACCGGCGCCAACCGCACAGCAGCCGAACACAUGCUGGAGUUGUGCGGUGGGGAACUCGAGCAAGCGAUCCAGCUGUGGUUUACCGACGAAGACCUGCAGCGGUCACUGAGCAAUGCCGGACCGUCGGCUGCCAUAGCCUCGGCGAGCCACUCCAGCAGACCGAACCGUCCGCAAAUUGGCCGGGAGGACGAACAGGGCGUCAUCCAUCUUGAUUCGGACGACGAUGUGCCCAUGACCGAGAAUGAGCCCGACGACGCGGACGAGGCUGCAGCGAUCGCCAGGCGAGCUCAGGAAGAGGAAGACGCGGCCAUGGCGAAGAGGAUGCAGGAGGAGCUGUACGGUGGUCCGGCUGCAGAGGAGGGCGGUGUACGAGCUCCGAUGGCGCGCGUAACAGAGACCUUGGUGGGGCCAAGCUUCGAUGAUCCCGAGGAUGAUGAUGGGCAGGCAGCGGUGCUGGAGCAGCUGCGUCGGAGACAGCAGGCGAGAGCCCGACCAUCCGCCAACCCAUUCGCUCAGUCCGUUUGGGAGGAGAACGCGCAAUCAUCACGCCCCUCACCCCUCGGGGCAGCCGAACCCAGUCGGGCAUCCCGCCUGGCAGAACUGUUCCGCCCUCCAUACGAUCUAAUGUCGCACCUUAGCUGGGAUGAGGCCCGGGAGGAGGGUAAGGACAACAAGAAGUGGAUCCUGGUGAACCUCCAGGACGCGUCCGACUUUAACUGCCAGGCGCUCAAUCGCGAUGUAUGGAAGGACGAAGCUGUGAAAUCUCUCGUCAAGGAAAACUUCAUCUUCCUCCAGUACGAGAAGAACGACUUUGCGGCCGAGCAGUACAUCACCUUCUACCUGCCCAAUGAAGGCCAUCAGAAUCCCAACAACUUCCCCCAUGUGUCGAUCAUCGAUCCGCGCACCGGCGAGCAGGUCAAGGUCUGGAGCGGGAUCCCCUUCCCGAAGGCCCUGGAGUUCCACGCGCAGCUCGUUGAGUUCCUUGAUCGAUACAGCCUGUCCGCUAACAGCAAGAAUCCGGUCUCUAAAGUUAAGCGGCCCGGGCAGGUGGUGGAUGUGGACCGCAUGACGGAGGAGGAAAUGCUAGAGAUGGCACUACAAAACAGCCUCGACGCAAACGGUGGCCCCGGCCGCCCGAACGUCCACGACCCGGACGAACUUACCAAGUCAACAGACACGUUGAUAGGCUCGAAGGGCAAAGGAAAAGCGGAGUCUGCCGAGUCGGCAGGAGCAGAGGUCGAGCCACUCCCGGCCCAGGAGUCUGUCUUUGCCAGGAUACCCUCAGAUCGGCCGCACGAGGAGCCGCCGGCCGACCCGAGUACGACGACCAGGCUGCAGGUCAGGAAUCCGCCGGGGCGAAUCAUCCGCCGCUUCCGCCUAGACGAUCGCGUCGCCCGCAUCUACGAGUGGCUCAAGGCCGAGCCGCUACCGGGCAAGGAGGGCGUGGCGUUUGAGCUCAAGUCGAUGCCGCAGGGGACGGACCUCAUUGAGCACCUCGACAAAACCAUCCAGGAGGCCGGCCUUGCCAACGGCACGGUCAUGCUUGAGUUCAUUGAGGAGUAAAAAGGGCCAUUUACCUCUAUUUACACCCAUACUUUCUAUUCACGCUUUCACUUGGUAGUCUCGUGACCCUGAUUUUACCGUUGC